GUUCGUUUUGUUUCUGUUUCCAAUUUAUUCAUUUGAGUCAUGUGAAUUAUUUUCUCAAUCAUCGUGCAACAGUCUUUUGUCCACUUUAGAAACUGGACUAGUCGAUUAGUCAUCUCAAAGUUCAAGUGCUGUAGACAUUGGUGGUAGAGAACAUUGCAGCUAUGCUAGCAGUGGCGGACGCUACGUAAUUUUAUGCUGUAGAUGGUUUCUAAAAGUGCUGUUCAAUUAUAAUUUUUUUCGUUUUUAUUACUGUGAUAUAAUACUACAAUUAGUGCAAUGUUGUUGUUCCAACUUAUAUUACUUUGUCUAAGUACCAACGCAGCUUUUGGUAUAGCUGCUCAAACUGCAAUUUUCUGGUCCAAGACCAUAAUUGGUGUUUUAGACGAGACGGUAGACAUAUACGAAUCAAUCUCAGGACAUAAUGUUUUCGGUCAAUCAGCCCAGGAGAAAAGGCUGUAUGCCAAACUAGCCAAUAUCACUGAUCUCGUAGAACGUUUAGAGCAUGACAUUCCUCAAGUUACCAUAGCGCGGAUCAAAGAACUGGAGCGUGAUUUUUCGCAAAUAAUUCAUUUUGAAAUCAAACUCGACGAUCUGGUGAAUUACAUCGGAAAUAUCGAAUCAAAAUAUGAAAAAUUUGGAAAAUUACGAAACAAAGUGAUGAAUUUAGACAAAGAAUCGGCCAAUAAAUCUAUCGCGACCAAGCAUACCUUGGAGAGGACAGCCAAUGCCAUUUUAUUUGAAUCCGGAAACGUUGGCGAUAGUUUAGAUAAAAUCAAUCAAAUAAUACUCGGAGAAAAUGUUCUAUUUGGAAAACAAGAUGUUUUUUCGCUUAUACUCGAUAAUUUUAAUAGUAAAACCCAGUCCAGAUGUUUAGUUCCUAAAUCACCCCAACAACUCGUUCACGAUGUAUUCAAUUCCCUCCGAAUGGUGCAAGUAAAGGGUAUAAUCAUGACUGAAUUUUCCUACAUGAUCUUAAGUCUUUACACAUCGGGUGAUUAUAAAGAAUACGCUGAUGAAUUCCACGAUACUAUGAUAAAGCGAUUGAAUAAACAAGCCCAAGUCGCUAACGAAGUCAUGAAAAAAGCUGACAACUCUUUAUGGAAAUGUGAUCCUGAUCAGUAUGUUUUCAAUAAAACGUACAUCGAAGUAACCAGGCUUAUACAAGGUUAUAUUCAAAACGAAAUAGAACUUAGUCACGAUAGGAAUUGUUUCGAUGGAUGUGGAUAUUAUUCAUACGUGAAUAAACCUGGAUGUAGUAAUCAGGAUUCAUUAUGUAAACAGCAGCCAAAAUGUAAUGGACGUGUUUUCGAUUGCAGACUAGUCGACGAAGAUAUGAACAUUUGUUUUUCGCCAAUUUCAAGUACUCGAAGAUACGAUUGGAUUCGCCACGAUAAAGCUGAAAGUUAUGGCCAAGUUGAUAAAAAAUGCACCAAUUUCGAAGGUCGUAUUAAAAUGUACCGAAAGUAUCUAGCUUGGAGAUGUUUCUAUUGUUUCUGUUACUGUGACGAAGAAUCUCAUAAUUCGGAUAGGUUCUUUAGCCUUUUACCAGCCACUUCUGAUAUCAAAAAUAACAAAGUCGUCGUAGGCGUGCGUUUUAUCAAACACGAGCGCGUUAUUCAUCUUCAAGUCAAAGAAGGGACGCUACUACCGGGUGGUUUAAUUGAUAAAGAUAGCGUAUCUUGGGUUCCGGUUUCGACUAUUGAUGUUGAUAAUUGGCUGGAGAAGCAUAAAUACCACACGAUGCGUUACGAGUCACGAAGCAUCGAUUUAGACGACGUAGUCGCCUCCAAGAAUUACGUUUUAACUGGAGUUAAAUUACGUACAUUAGGCGAACAUCUGAACCUCGAAAUACAACUAACAGCGUUUAAUUUCACUACUGGCGAGGUAUCUAACAAUUUAUCGUUCUGGAAGGGUAACGAUAACACAGACGCGUCUGAAACUCCUCGAGAGAAACAUCGCCUACUGACGAAACGUCCAGCGACAUUGAGUCAAGGUGACUUCUCACUGCCAGAUUCGAAACCAGAUUCGUACGUUGAAUUCACGCAUUCGGACGAACGAUCGGAUGCUGCUCAAAGCACAGUGCCAUUUAUCGAUAUCCAAGAGGUCGCCUCUGAUCCACCUAUGCCUCUUAUUGGAAUGGGUCUCAUACAUAAACAAUCCAGAGGAUCGGCUGGAUUCAUCGAACCAAAGGUGUUCACCUAUAACGUAGGAGAAGAACUGCUGGCCAACCAGUUACAUUCCCGUCGUAAAUGAGCAAUAUGCUUAUGGUUUUGGAAUACAGUGAAGUACAUGAAUACCUAGGUAUUUCGCUGUAAUUUGACGAUCGACCUUUUUUUGUGGUAUUUUCUACGUUUCAAACAUAGAUUAAUUAUAUAGUGUGUGAUCUUAUUUGUGAUUUUUUUUCUUUUUUGUCAAUUUAUCCAUUAAUGGUAUUUGAAUUUUUUCAAAAUGACAUUUUAUACGUAAUAUUUUUUAGAUUGUUACACUCCAGUUCGAAUUUUAUAAUAAAAUAGAUUAAAUUAUAAAAUUUA